AUGACGGAGUUGGUUCGCGCCGUCAAUUGGCUACAGUUGGUUCGCGUCGUCACGGCAUCCCGUGACUACGACUUAGUUGGCUUGGCAGCUUAUAAGGAAGGAGUUGAGCGUGCCCAACAGCUUGUCGUGAACACUAUACAGCCGAGAAGGACAAUCCGGAGAUCUCAGCCCAGCACAACAGUCUUUUCCUCUUUCCGCUCGGACAUCCUGCGACCGGACGAAAUCAGAACGUCGCAAGAAUCCGCUUCAGCAACGUGCAGCCAUAGCGGCAGCACGCCUUCUCUCUCACGACGAGCCUCCGACUCCCUUCGGAAAGCAACCAGUUUCCGAUUCUCAGUGGUUGUCGAAGACGCAGCAUCAGCAAGCGCAAGCGACAACGAUACGGCAGGAAGCGCCUAUACUCGAAAGAAACAAACCUCUCCCUUCCAACAUCAUCUGCGAUCAACCCAUCCUGAGCGGAACUCUACUUCAGACGCCCUCACGGCCUCACCAGGCUACGGCCUCUGCAACCUCAGCAGGGACAGUUCGGACAACCUCAGCGUGGACAAUCUGCACAAGCCCCAGGCCCACAGGGAGUCUAAGUGCAACAUCCGGUGGCGGAAGGACAACCAGGACAUCCGUACCUAA